ACUGCUUAACACAAUUCGACUUCCGGUCUAAGCAACCUUGAAAAUAUUAGAAUUUUAGAAAAAAUAGUUUUCUACAAAAUAUCAGCUAUGUCAAGUGCACUAAGAAAGUCUUUCUUGAAGCUGGCUUUAAAUUCGAUCAAGACAAACCAUGCAAAUCCUUCAUAUGCAUCGUUAAAGCAUUUAAAUCCUUCACUUGUAUGUGCACGUGGGUUGAACAGCAGUCUGUCUUGUGUUUCAUCAGUGUUCAGAAGUCGAAAACAUAAUGCUGCCACAUCGGCAGUUCCUUGCAGACAAGUUCAAACAGAAGCCGAUUCAAAAUUGGGUGAGUUUCUUAGUGAAGAAAUAUCACGAGAGAAGGAGACGGUGCCAGAGGUUAUUUCAAAGGUAGAAGGCUGGGAAGUGGAGACAGAUGGUGCAGGAGUCAUUCUCAGAAAAAAGUUCAAUGAUGAAAGGUUUGCUGAUGAAGGUGUCAAGGUUGAGUUUGAUGUAAAUGACAGUGUGGACAGUGGAAGUCUGUAUGAUGCCCCACCUGAGGCAGAAGGGGGCAGUGAAGUGCCUCCAAUGGUUUCAAGACCUCCUUUUGAAGUGGAGAUCAAAAAGAAAUCUGGUAGAACUCUGACAUUUAUGUGUGAAUUCACAGCACAGGAGCCACCAUAUGAGGGGCAGAAUGAAGAGGGCAUUGAGGAUCAGUUCCAGAUUGUAGAAGUUCGUGUAGAUCAGCCAUCGGAGACCGGCACCAUAGAGAAUUUCUACUCGCACAGCUCUGCCGUCAUGGAUGGGAAUCUGUAUGAGAUGCUGAUGGACAUGCUGGAUGAACGCGGAAUAGACGACAACUUUAUCAACAAAAUGGUCGACUUCGCCACAUCAUAUGAGCAGCAACAGUACCUUAAUUUCCUACAAAAGCUUAGGGAUGUCAUCCAGGAAAAGUGAAGCUUGUUGAAAACUUGUAGAGAGUUUAAUAAUUGCGUGGAAAUGUGCUAAGUCCAUCUAUCUUGUUAUCUUUAUAUGUAAAAGAGGUGUUGAUGGUACUAAAUGUGACUGUCAGUGUGUGUUUUCAUUAAGAUUUUGUUACACAUGUUUGUGAUUCAUAUCCAUGAGAACAAGUGAACAUUAUUGUUUAAUUGAAAGAAAGUCUAACGAGCAAAAGCUUCACAAGCUUUGAAAUUCCCUUAAAAUUACUUUGUUUAUUUUAGCAUUGUAGUGUUAUUUCCUGAAAACCCUGAAAUUGUGUAUUUUCACUAUCAGUAUGGUUUGUUUUGUUCUGGUAAGAUUACAGUGUAGCAUUGUAAGUUGUUGAACUUUUACUAGUGUAAGAUAGCCUUUUGUAACAAAUAACAAAAUCUCAUUGUGCAUGAACUGAAUAAAAGUUUCAAUAUACAUAAA